AUGGCUUCAACAACCGGACUCGACAACGACGUCCGCGGAUGGAUCUUGUGCUUCAUCAGCGGCAUUGCCUGUAUUUUUGGGGCGAGCGUCGUAUGUGUUGAUAUUCUCAUCCGCUUGCUGCCGGGCAAGUCCACCUUUCGCAUUCAAGAAAGCAAUGCCUUUCUUGCCUGCUCUCUCAGUUUAAGCUUCGGCGUCAUGAUGUUCUCGUCGUUAUAUGUCAUGCUGCCAGAGGCCCGAGAAUACCUCAGAGGCGAGCACUGGAAUGAUCAGAAAGCCGCCCUUCUCAUCAUGGGUUGCUUCAUUGGCGGUUUCAUCGGUAUCCAAGCUGUGUCACGGUUCCUACACCAACACAUGCCCUCACAUGUCGUCGACUGCGACCACACUCACAAGGACUCUUCGCCUUUCGACGACGAAGAUGGCCAAAGAUCUCACAGCAACGGCCACAACCACGGCCACAGCCACAGCCAGCCUCACCACGGUGAGACACACAACUCUGCGUCUUCUGCCUUGUCACACAGUAGACGCUCGCGCUUGCCGUCCCCCCAUGCGCAAGCGCACCCCCACGUUCAAACAUCAAACGGGUUCGCUCAUGACCAAGCUAUCGAGACGACACCGUUGUUGCCAACGUCGAAAUACGCCACCGUUCCCUUCCGAGGCCGCGGCCGUGCCAUGACGGAGGAUGUAGACGCUCCCCGAAGACCGUCGAUGCUAGAGGUCCAAAAGCGCGUCAUGUCUUUUGUAAAAGAUACAAAAUCGUCCUGCGACGAAGAAGGCUCUUGCUACGGCUACUCUGACCCCUGCGGCCAGGAAUGCUUCAAGCAUAUUUCGUACCGCGCCGUGAAAGCUAGCAGGUCACAGACCCGACUACGAACUACCAUGGGCGCUAUCCAUCCGCCGCACAUCUCGACCAACCUCGACCCCGACCACGACUAUGCUGAGUCUCUCGUGAGCCCCAUGUACCGCACCAGCCGCGCCACAUCGCGCGAUGCCGUACUGCGCCCCCCGGUAGAAAGCGUCCACGAAGACGACGAGGGACAUCCUAGCAUCGCAGACGGCCGCGAUCAUGUGAGUGAGGCUGGCCACAACUACGCCUCGUGCGCUGCAAGCCACGCCGAGGACACGGAGGCGCCGCAGCACCAUCACCAUGUACCCACCAACGCCUUCCUCUCCAUCGGCCUGCAGACAUCCAUCGCCAUCACGCUACACAAGCUCCCCGAGGGCUUCAUCACGUACGCCACCAACCACGCGAACCCCGAGCUCGGCUUCAACGUCUUCAUGGCGCUCUUUGUGCACAACAUCACCGAGGGCUUCACCAUGUGCCUGCCGCUGUAUAUGGCUCUCGGAUCGCGCUGGAAAGCCAUGGCCUGGUCCGCCCUGCUCGGCGGCUUGUCCCAACCUUUCGGUGCUGGAAUCGCCGCCCUCUGGUUUAAGCUCGCCAACAGGACCAACAUGCAACCCAACGCCGUCGCCUACGCCUGCCUAUUCGCAGCCACGUCAGGCAUCAUGGUCAGCGUCGCCCUGCAGUUGUUUGUUGAAGGCCUGAGCCUCAAUCACAACCGUAAUUUGUGCAUGUUUUUCGGGUUCCUGGGCAUGGCGGUCCUGGGCCUGUCCAACGCUCUCUUUGCAGGGCAUUAG